CUCACUACCAUCCCAAUUUGAAUCAUCGCCUACACCCGCGCCCGCACCUAUACCUGCACCUGUAUCUGCACCUCAUUCCGAACCCUCACCACCACCACCACCACCACCACCAUCACAACAACCACAGGCCUAUCAACCACAGCAGGACACCUACCCUCCGUCACAACCAGACAACGCCAACCCAGGACCUGAACGUCCUCACUUCCAGGCUGUCGUCCGACACCCUACCGAGAUGGACGUCACCCACAGCGGUCACUUCAUCCCCCAGCAUGAAGAACAGGUCAUCACCAACAUCUCCGACACCUCAUCGCCAGGCCCCGAGUUUGAUCUGUAUGCCUAUGGAUCAUCGCCAUUAAAUCAUAUCUCCCCUGAGACCGGCCUCACGGAGUCUGCCUACACCGAGUCGCCCUCGCCACGCUCAUCCACAUCACAACGCCCAGCCAGUUCCUACGGCGGCACAGACUACCUGGAGGCUUCACCUGGCGACCACUCGCGGCCACCAUCACAAGCAUCACAAGCCUCACAGCACGACGGCUCACCCAAACCGACGUCCUUUGCCUGCGAUAUCUGCGGAAGCAAAUUUGACCAGGUGCAUAAAUUGAACCACCACAAGCGUUACCACGAACGACCCCACCAAUGCCUACAGUGCGACAAGCGCUUUGGCACCAAGACACAUCUAGACCGGCACGUCAACGACAAGCACAACAAGACGCGCAAAUACCAUUGCACGGUACCCAACUGCGCGUAUGCGAAGCAGGGCGGCGGAAAGUCUUUCCCGCGCAAGGACAACUGGAGGCGGCACAUGCAGAACAAGCAUUCGGUGCAAAACCCGCCGGAACCCGUCGAGGAGGACGUCACGAUGACCGAUGUAAUGGCAUAGCAAUGCUAGCUGACGGAUGAGAAAGAAAAAUAUCGAUGAGGGGAAGAUGAGGGGCUCAAGUGUGUGCCAGAGAGGCAACAAUUUGCCCAUAAUUUCGCACAUUCGAAAGGGGCUGACGGUGACAAGGGACGACGACGACGAUACCGUAGUCCCAGGCGUCAUGGUUCUGGCAAAACGGAAACGGAACGGACGGGAAUGGCCAGACACAGCUUGAUAACAACAACACAAGGCAUUUUCUCGUUUUCUGGGUUUAAUUAGGAAGCGCAUACCAUCACGAUAUGUAUCAUGCUCUCUUUUUCUUUUUCAGCGGAUACCAUGAUCAUCGUUAUACUUGCCCAGAUAUUCACUCUGUCUUGUGUAAUGUAAAUCUGCCGGGCUGCGACCCUCGCAGGAACAAAGAAGAUAAUAGACGUUUUUGCACGUUG